UUCCUUCACUGUCCGUGUGUUUGCGGUGACAGAGCAGCAUCGCCGCGCAUCAAACUAUGGACGAGAUUAACAACAUUGAAGUCGUUCCCUGCACCGAGUCCGACUACCUGAAGCCGUUCAGGGUGCACUACAACCAGAAUGGCACAAAAAAGUCCUGGGACUUCAUGCGAACCCAUGACAGUGUGUCCGUGCUGAUAUUCAACACCACCUCGCACUGUUUUGUUCUUGUCAAGCAGUUCCGUCCAGCUGUAUACAUGUGUGAGUGGGAAAGGAUCAAGACACAGCCAUGUCAGGGCACUGAAAAAUCAGAAGAGGGGGCUACCGAAGCUGUCGCCUCAGGGUCUGCGAGUCAGGAGGGCCAGGCGGCUACAGAAGGGGAGAGCUCAUCCGCGUGGCCGCCGGCUGCCACAGGCAUCACAUACGAGCUGUGCGCCGGGCUCGUGGACAAGCCUAACCUCUCCUUGGAAGAGAUCGCCAGACAGGAAGUGUUGGAGGAGUGUGGUUAUGAUGUGCCAGCUUCGAAACUCAAGCUGAUUACUUCUUACAGGUCCGGCGUGGGAGUCACGGGUUCCAAGCAGACGAUGUUUUAUGCAGAGGUAUCUGACGACAAUUGCGUGAGUGCAGGCGGAGGUGAGCCGCGGGAGGGCGAGCUCAUUGAGGUGGUCAAAGUCCCAUUGCACGAAGCCAUGACCUUUGCCUACAACGAGCGCAUUCCCAAAACCAUGGGCGUCAUAUUUAGCUUCAUUUGGUUCCAUAACAACAUGUCUCCGAAGUAUAAGAUCUCCACCAAUGUGUAACCACUAUUAACUUUUAUGUCAAACACUGGCCCAGCACAGCUACUCCCCUCCUCAUGCCCCUCACUUUUAUUUAAAUUUUUAUUUUUUUUUUCCUUAAUAAAAUGCCCGACAGGUGGACGUCUGCCAUCGUGUAUUUUUACAUUUUGCCCUCUUAAACUUUUAUGUGAUGUCCAUACUUUUCCUCAAAGCAAACUGCCUCAGCAGGCUGUCUCUUGCACUUUUCUCAUGUUAUUGACUUUUCUUUCCUUUUUUUUUUUUUUUUAUAAAAUGUAUGGCACCAUUAAUAAAAAAAAAUGGCUGCAUAUCACUGAUUUUAUAUGCCUGCCCUAGAGUAAAUGAAUGCUCUGCUGCUUUCAUGAGGAAUCUUAGCCUGCAUUUCCAGAGCCAUUCGUUCACAGACACCUCAUGCAUUUGCUGAUCUCAUUUUUAUGCUGUUGUCAAGUCAUUCCUUGAAUGCAGAGAGUGUCCGCUAAGCAACUUUGUGCACCUGGCUGGUUUCCGUCCUUAUUGGAAAGCAAAAUGUGCCCUUUGAACGCCAUUAUUACUCAAGAUGCAGUGAAAACAGUACAUACAGCAUAAAGCAGUGCGGACUCCUUUACGCUGUAAUGCAAGAACAAUGCUUGUCAUGGUAAUUGUUGCGCCAUGUUGUUAACAAAGCCUCAAAUAAUUUCCUAAUUCCUAACAAUUAACAAAGCAUACCAAAGAAAGCAAUCAACCUAGAAGACAUUUGCUGACAUAAUGGCUCAAUCUAAAAACCCUUAACCAAUUUUUGCUUUUAACAUAUUGUUGCUCAGCACAGUUAGCUUAAAGGAGACCUAUUAUGGACAAAUGGCUUGCUUGUAUACAAACCACACAUCAAAUGUGCAAAUAUACAACCAAGUAACCUUUUUUGUCAGGUCCUUGUCAAAAAUUGGGCUUAAAACAGCUCUACUCUGUUCGUCAUGGUAACGCAAAGCCGUACUCUCGUUGCCACACCCCGCAGUAGAUAGGGGCUGGGUGAGCAGUGGCUGAUUUGCAUUCGACAGGGCUGAUUGAAAGUGUGCUGGUUUUCUUUAUCCUUUGGGUAUUGUGACACAACCAUGUCACUGGCAUGGUAUUAAAACACUUAACCGUUUUAAAUUGUGGGGGGGAAAAAAUGCCUCUUUAAAGCACAGUUGUGUGAUUUUUGUGAGUACCAAACAAGAUCCAAGUUGCUUUGAAUGGUAUCUUUAACCUCAAAGAAGUGAUACAUUACAGUAAUACAAUUUCAUCUUUCACAGAGGCUACCUUUAAUUACAUGUCUAUUUAGAAAAUAUGUCUUUUAGCUUGAAUUGUAAUCAUGUAAGUUCAUUUUUGGAAAGGAUGUCUACUGUUAGUUAAUUUCAGUGUAAAGUAAUUAAAUAGAUUUGGUGCAUUCACACAAAAACAGUAUCAUUCUUAGUGAAUCAAAGCAGCAGUUUGCUAAAAGCUCAGGUCCAAAUAUUAUAAUGCUUAUUCCUAUUGGGAGAGAGAAGCUCUGUGACGAUGACCAGCAUUUAACAUCACAUUUCAAACUCACUUGCAGCAAAGUUUCAAUCUUCUCACUAGCUGUAAAAAAAAGGGCUGGCACCACAUUAUUUUGUUCGGCGUGUGAGGGGGACAGAGUUUCUCACUACAUUGUAGAGUUUUGGUGGUACAGAUCCAAAUAACAUCAUAAAUACAUUAUUACUGAUUAUAGCUGACUGUAAGAUGACUGAAAGUUGGGAAAAGCUGUACAACCAUGUAGGAUUUAAUUUUGGGAAUGCUCUAUGCUAUACAGUAGAUACUAUAUGGGUGUUAAAGUGAGAAUUAAUAGUUGUUUUGGGACAAUGUGAAAAGACCAACUGUGACAGAUCUCUUUCUAGUGCAAAAGACUUAUGACAAUCAACAUUUGCACAUUAACUAUAAGGUGUGUCAAAAUAAUAAUAAAAAAAAAAAAAUCCUACAAGCAUAAGCAAUAGGAUUGUUUCAGGUGUCCUCGUGCAAUAAUUUGGUACCAUUUCAGGUCUAAAUGCAUUGUUCUAACCUGCACGAACUAUACCCAUAUUUUCAAUAUGCUCCUCAUAGCCAUACUUUGAUGCAGGGUUGAAUAUUCAGCUUUAGUUUUAAGACUUCCGAGGGUCUCAACCACUCACACCAGUGUUAUUGUGCACCAAAAUAUACUGCCUGCCAAACAUUUUAGUAACACAUUGUUGCAUCACUAUGCCCACCGUUUUUCACGGGGGGUUGUAGGGGAGUUGAUUUUCCCUUGCUCUAAAUGUUGGACUUUUCCUGAUAGAAUAACUGAAUUCUGCAGAAAAGCAAUGAUGUGGUGAUAUAACAUUGCAAGAAAUAUUCUAAUGAGCUUUUCCACUGCGCAGUUCCGGCCCGUGUCAGCCCUACUUGCCUCCGUCUGGGGCAGUCUGAUUUCUGGUUCAAAAUAGUACAACCAGAGAGUGAGAAAACCAUGGCGUAUUGCACGCAUCAGUUGGAACGAGACAUGCUGAUAAAACCAGUGUGAUGAUGAUUAACCCGCUUGCCUAAUGAGCAACCAGCAGUAGUUUACUUCACCCAUAUGGCUCAAUACAGUUCAGUACGCAUGGAAACCUGGCCAACCAGGAACUAGUAAAAUAGGACCUGCUAGUACAGUGAACCCCCGUUUAUCGCAGGGGAUAUGUUCCAGACCUACCUGUGAAAAUUCACAUUAUGGAGAAACUAUUUUUUAAGAUAGUUUUACCUCAUUACAUGCUUUAAAAACAUUUAAACUUAUUAAAACACACUUAAACUUAUUGAAACAAACUUUUUAAGUCUGACGCAUGAAUUAUGAAAGGCUUAGUGACGGCUAUACACCAGAGGGUUAAAGUAUUCCUGAACACCUGUUCUCACUAUCACUCGCAGGAGUUGUUCAACUUGGGGCCCAAAGCGUGCUUGCUUCAAGCUGUUGUCACACCCAGUUCAAGUUGACUAUAACUGACUAGCAAAUGACACAUGUACCUAAAUUUCUCGUGCAUAAUACGCACCCCCAAAUUGACCAAAAUUCUGGAAAACCCUUCUACCUAUGUAUAAUGCAUUUUUUCAAUGCAUGAUUUUGCUUCUACCUAUAUGAUCAAAGUAUGAAGUAUUAUCUGUAUUUGUUAGUUUAAAAAAAAUAAUUAUUCUGAAGUUAAGCACUUUAUUUUAACACAUAAUCCUUUUUUAAUUAUUAUUUACUUGCUCUUAUUUUGAAAUUGACAGCCCUACUUUUAUUUAGUAAAUUAGAAAACACAGUAGUGCUCAUAUAUUUGAUUACUCAGGCAGAAUUUGUAAGAUGGGUUCAAUUCUUUAAAGAAAACAUGACGGACCAGGCUCAAUGUUUUUCAAUGGGAUUCAAAUUAAACGGUCAAGCAUUUCAGAAAAGCAUUAUCAUUAAACAAAACAUUACCAUAAAGAAAUUAAUGAUGGUUGUUGUUCAGUCAUCAGUCAUUAAAAAAAAAAAAAAAAAAAAA